AUGUCGCAACAAUAUUGCGCAAAAAGUGGGAAACAGAAACGACCAAGGAAACGAAGAGAACAAAAUGUUUUGUUUUAUGAAUUGAAACGUAAGGCAGCAAAUGAACGUGAACGAAAGCGAAUGUACAGUAUUAAUGAAGCUUUUGACAAAUUACGCCACCUUUUGCCAUGGCUGUCACAUGACAGAAAAAUGAGUAAAGCCUCUACGUUACGUGAAGCCAUUCGAUACAUCAAACAGUUGAGCCAAUUACUGAAUGGUGAACCAUCUAAUCCAGAGAAUACGUCGUACAAAGUUACAGUUAAAUCAGAAAUUGAACAAUCAUCGCUGAUUAUACCAAAUUCAGAUGAUCGCCUACCAAUAAAAUUCGUUGAACUUUCUUGUACGAAAAUACCAGAUGAUUAUGGUAGCAUAAUUAGAACGAAAAAUGGUGCAGUACAGGGUAAAUGUAGUAAAGUAUGGAUACCCAGUACCUGUUAUGAGGACAUGAUGAGUCUCGACAGACAUGAUGAGUUUCAUCAUCCAUAUCUAUUACCAUUUAAUGAAGAAUGA